GUACGGGCAGAGGUAUUCAAAUUUCUGAAACUUCCAGUGACUGUUGUGCAUCUCGCGAAGCGAAGACCUUACACGAGAACUUUGGAUCGUCUAGAGGCGAUUUUGGUGAUAGUACUAUCAGUUUUGUCGAAAGAUAUGGCACAAAACGUCAAUCCGUACUUUCCAUCGCGCGGGGCAUCAGGCAAAUCACAAGAAGAGUCAUUAAGUAUGCCCAAAGACAAUCACGCAGUGAGCAAACGACUGCAAAAGGAACUUAUGGUGUUGAUGACGAGUACGGAAAAAGGCGUUUCUGCUUUUCCAGACGGAGAAAAUCUGUUCAAAUGGGUUGGAACUAUUCAUGGUCCUAUUGACACAGUGUAUGCUGGCUUGACUUAUAAAUUAGCAUUAGAGUUUCCUCAUAGCUAUCCAUACAGUGCACCUGUUGUGCGAUUCAUCACUCCUUGCUUUCAUCCCAAUGUUGAUAAUGCUGGUAAUAUAUGUUUAGACAUUUUAAAGGAUAAGUGGAGUGCUCUUUAUGACGUACGAACAAUCCUGUUAUCAAUUCAGUCACUACUUGGUGAACCAAACAAUGAUAGUCCUUUAAAUCCAACUGCAGCAGAGCUGUGGAAAGACCAGAAAAAAUACAAGAAACAUUUGACUGAUGAAUACUCCAAAGCACAAAAUAAACCAGAACAAAGUUCAUGAUAAGCAAUAUUCACUCUCACUCAUAAAUCAUUCAUUUCACUUCAUUUAAUCUUGUAGAAGAUCUGUUUUGAAAAAUUUAUUUUGAUUGGUAGUAAGAGUCAUUACAUUCAAAAUGAGCAUAGUUUUGUGCUAUGUCUUAAAAUUCAAAGAACUUUUCCACAAUUUUGUGUUGCUAAAACUUAGUCAAUAUAAAACAGCAAUUAUAAAAUAACUUUCCUGAGUCCUAAUAAUGAAUCAAUUUUUAAUUAAAAAGAGGUAUAAAUUAUUUAAAAAUAUUAUACAAAUACGUUGAUUCUCUCUAUAUAAUAGGUAAAGGAAAUUUUAUUUGUAUUUAUUAUUUUAUAAGUUUAUCACUGUAUCACAAUACAAAGAGCACUUUGACAAUUUCAUUUUUAAUUUGUAAAACAUGUGAAUUAAAAUUCAAAAGACUAUCAUUAAUUUUUGUAGAUUUUAUGUUUAUUGAAUGAGGAGAGCGUCAUUUUUUAUAAAUUUUUCAUAUGCAUACUUUUAAAUAGUGUUUUCUAAGGCUAGUAUAUUUGCAUACCAUAAAUUUUGCAAUCUUUACCAUUUAGACUCAAAUAGUAAAAAUUGAUCAAUAUCAAAUCUGUAUUGAUCAUCAAUUAUGUAACUUGCAACGCUCAACUGAAUAAAAUAGAGCAAAAAGUAUCAGUC